AUGGGGUACCUGCCCAACGCCGUGGCCGUGGCCGUGGCCGUGGCCGCCGUCCUGGCGGCGGCGCUCGUCACCGGCGGGUCGUGCGACUCCUCAUCAGCUCCCAAUAAGGUGCCGCCGGGCCCCAACGUCACGACCGGCUACGACGGCAGGUGGCUCGCCGCUAAGGCCACCUGGUACGGCAAGCCCGUCGGCGCCGGCCCCGACGACAGCGGCGGCGCGUGCGGGAUCAAGGACGUGGACCGGCCGCCCUACAGCGGCAUGACGUCCUGCGGCAACGGCCCCAUCUUCAAGGACGGCAAGGGCUGCGGCUCAUGCUACGAGAUCAGAUGCAAUGCGCCGGAGGAGUGCUCCAACAAUCCGGUGACGGUGUUCAUCACCGACAUGAACUACGACCCCAUCGCCCCCUACCACUUCGACCUCAGCGGCACCGCGUUCGGCGCCAUGGCCACGGCGGGGCUCCAGGACAAGCUCCGCCACCGCGGCAUCAUCGACCUGGAGUUCAGGAGGGUGCAGUGCAAGUACGCGGCCGGGCAGAAGAUCGUGUUCCACGUGGAGCACGGCUCGAACCCCAACUACCUGGCGGUGCUGGUGAAGUUCGUCGCGGGCGACAGCGACGUCGUGCAGAUGGACCUCAAGGAGAAGGCGUCGCCGGAGUGGGAGCCGAUGCGGCUCUCGUGGGGCACCAUCUGGAGGAUGGACACGCCCAGGGCGCUCAGGGGCCCCUUCUCCAUCCGCCUCACCAGCGAGUCCGGCGAGAAGCUCGUCGCCACCGACGUGGUCCCGGAGAACUGGAUCCCCAACACAGUCUACGAGUCCAACAUCCAGUUCUAG